UGUGCUGAUAUAUCAAUAAAGAUCCAUCCUUAACCCACCCAUUCAUUUAGGACACUUUCUCAUUUGGGGAAGGAAGCCACAAGCUGAGAACAAUGAUGCUCUCCUUCGUGGCUGCUGUUUUGUUGAUUUCUGUGCUCAGCACAGAUGCUCAGAAUAAUAUUCCAAAUCCUCCUCCUCCUCCACCACCACCACCAUCUCAAAGGCCUCAUAGCUUCCCUGCUUCUGCCCAAACCGGCUAUUCUGGUCCAGAAUGGUCUACUAGCAACUUUGGUCCAGCAGGUUACCCUGGCUACAGGGACAAUGCUUAUUUGGGAAACUCUAAUUCACCAUAUCCUCCACCUAAAUUUGUUAAAAUCCUCAAAAAGCUAGGUAUCCGGAAGAGGCAUUGGCGUCAUCGUCAAUGGCACUGUGGUCGUCCUCGAAGCUACUCUUUUGAUCCUUCAGACAACCCUGGUCCUCCCAAAGACUUCUCUGGUCCUUCCCAUGGCUACUCUGGUCCUCCCCAAGGCUACCCUGUUGCAGGUACUGCUCAACAACCUUCACCAUUCCCUGCUCAACUAUCUGGGUCUGCUGUCUCACCCACUUCUGGCACAAUCAUUUCAUUCUGCAGUGGCGGCGUCAAUGGCACUGUGGUCGUCCCCGAAGCUACUAUUUUGAUCCUUCAGACAACCCUGGUCCUCCCCAAGGCUUCUCUGGUCCUCCCCAAGGAUUCUCUGGUCCUUCCCAAGGCUUCUCUGGUCCUCCCCAAGGCUACUCUGGUCCAACCCAAGGCUACUCUGGGCCUCCCCAAGGCUACUCUGGGCCUCCCCAAGGCUAUUUUGGUCCUCCCCAAGGCGUCUCUGGUUGUCCCCAUGGCUACUCUGGUCCUCCCCAAGGCUUCUCUGGUCCUCCCCAAGGCUUUUCUGGUCCUUCCCAAGGCUACUCUGGGCCUCCCCAUGGCUAUUUUGGUCCUCCCCAAGGCUACUCUGUUCCUCCCCAUGGCUACUCUGUUCCUCCCCAAGGCUACCCUUUUGCAGGUACUGCUCAACAACCUUUGCCGUUCCCUGCUCAACCAUCUGGGUCUGCUGUCUCACCCACUUCUGGCACACAACAAUCUAACUAUGGGAAUUCACCCAAUCCUGUCAUGGAAAGCUACCAUGGUUCAGUUCCCUUUGCACAACCUUUGUCUACACAGAUCUUGCCUGCUGCCCAUACACAAAAUAAGUCUGUCACCGCUGCUCUUCCUAGUCCUCAAUAUUCUGCUGGCCCUGCUCCACAACCUGCCCCGGCCACCUCUGUUUCAUCUGGUGUUAAACUCCCUGGUAAUUCCACAGUGCCUGCCUCUGGAGAACCUGGGUCAGCUGCCUCUGGAACACCUGGUCACUCUGGCGAAAAGACUUCUGCCUCUAAAGGAAAUCAAAAUCAAAGCAUAUAACUAGGAAAAUGUAUGCAAAUCCAGCCAGAAUAAAAUUGCUGAGAGGAAAAUCCAGAGCCCCCUCCCACAUUUUCUCUUUCUGACUUCCAUAAUUUCUUCCUAAUCAAAGACCAAAGUGCAACUUUCUUCUGAGAAGGACUCCAGCAAACAAAUUUCUUUCUGUUAAUUUGGGGGUAUUUUCUUGUAAUUGUGAACAUUGGUUAUUCUACAAGAAUAAACAUUUACAAAAAAAUA